CCUUUUCUAACCAAAAUUGAGAUUUUUAUUGCACCCUGUUUUCUUAGUCAAAACAACGUUAUUUUUGUCUGACAUUCUUUUCCUAUCACUUUAUUUGCGUCAUCGCUAAAUAAUACUUUCAUUUUAAUUGCGCUAAAGUGAAGAUGGCGUGUGCAUCUCGUGAUCUUACGUUGCCUAUUUUCAAAUUUCUAUGUAGAGAAGGAUCCAACGGCCAGAACAUACAUUGUAUUGUUGAUAAAUUAUCUCACAGCAGCAACGAUCUGCAUUUGAAUUUAUCACACGUCAAGCAUGUAAUUAAUACUUCAGAUCGCUUCCACCAACAGGGCAAUAUUAUUUACCCUAAAACUUCUCUGCAAAUUUGUGGCCGCCCAGAAACCCACGAUAACAAUUGUACAUCAUUGCACCUUUGUAAGUUUUAUCUGUUAAGUAAUAACUGCAAGCGCAGUAAGGAUUGUAUAUUUGGUCACAACUUUGAGAGCCAACAUAACAGGAAAAUAUUAAAAGAACAUGGACUUAGUAAAUUAAGUCUUGAGGAAGUACGAGGUUUAUUACAAAUUCGCUGUAAUCGUACAUCGGAAACCACACCUAUGUUGUGUAAUUAUCACAACAAUGAUGAUGGAUGUCGAAAAUCUGUGGACUGUCACUGCAUUCACAUUUGUAAAAAGUUUGUAGAUUUCAAGUGUCGAGGGAGAAAUUGUAAUAAAAAUCACGAUAUUGACGAACAAGUGACGACCGUUUUGGAGAAAUUUGGAUUCGAUACAAAUUUAGAGGAUGAAUCAAUAAUUGAUUUGAUAAGAAAUGUCACCGAAUUGAAAUUUGAAGUACAAGCCCCGUCUUCUGUGCCAUCAAAGUCCAAGCCUAAACCCAAAACGUCUGAAUUUUGUCGUUACUUCUUAAAGGGGAACUGUUCACGUCCAAAUUGUAAGUUUAUUCACUCUAAACAUCCUUAUAUGUGGUGCUACUAUGUAAAACAAUGGCUUAACUUCCCAGAAGUGGUCAACGAACAAAUAGAGAAGCAAUACGCUGACCCGAACAUAAAGACCGCCACUUUGAAUCCGCAAUACAAUGAUAUAUCUGAGGUUGAUUUUGAGAAAAUGCUUGCUUCCAAUCUUGAUGGUGAACCCUUGAAGAUAGAGAGAAAGCAAGCAUCUCCCAACAUGAAUUGGGUAUGGUACUGGAGAGCUGAGCCUGAAACUUGGAGUGAAAUGAGUAAAUCAGUAAAUAAUAUUUUUAUAUUUAACAGAACCAUGGGAAUUGAAGAGGGAAAUGAAUUCAUUGAAAAGAACUUCCAUUCAAAAAUAGAUUUGAUGUUACAUUUUAAAGAUUCAAAUACAUAUGCAAAACUAAAUUUUGAAGAGAUGGUAGUAGUUCAUAAAUCUAUCGAGUAUCCAGUUCGCCGCCGUCCAAAAAAAAAAGAGUAAAGUUUAUCUCUAAUGAAUCCUUUUUUUUCUCAAGAGAAUUUAAUGAUUUUUUUGUAGUUGUUUUAAUUUAUCAAAACUUUCUAAGGCAAUUACUAUUAAUUUUUAACUUAACUUUGCAGUUGAUUAUACAUUGGAUUAUUGAAUAAAUUUAAUUGGAAUAAAAGUGGAAUAUAAUUAACAUGCAUGUAAA